UUUCCCAGUGGGGCUGCUGGUGAGCGCCUUAUGUUUAUACACCCUAUGAAUCAUCUCCAAGUCCCAAACAGAGAGGCUUGGUGACUGGCCCAGAGGCACACAGCCAGCAUCCAUGUUGGCGGCUUUAGCAGAGGAGCAAUGUCUGAGGUGAGACCCAGCCCCACGGACCUCUUCAUGGACGCCUUCCCGUUCGAGCAUCUGCUGGACCCUCUGAUCCUGGAGGUUCUCAGCAUCAUGGAGGACGAGCAGGACCCCAGCCCCUCGGGGUGCCUCGAAGACAGUGAGCAGGUGGCCCUGCGGCUAGCCUUCAUUGGGGACGAGAUGGACCUGCGUCUCAGGAGCCCCCGCCUGGCCCGCCUGCCCGGCAUGACCAUGCACAGCCUGGGGCUGGCGCUGUCCUACGACCAGCGGGUUGGCUGGGGUGUGCUCGGGAGCCUUAGCGACGGUUUCGCCACCCUCAGGGGGAACGUGGCCAGGUUCUGGAGGUCCCUCAGCCCCAGGCCCUGGGUAAGAGCCUCAGUUCGCAACCUGACCGCGCACUGCUGCCUGCUGUCUGGUUGGCACAUCCUCUGGUCUGCCUCAGUCCCCACUCUACCUGUUGUCUCCUGCUUCCCCUGUUUGCACAUCUGCCACCUCCCACUGGCCUUUGGGGUUGAAGCUCCCAGUUGAGUGACGAAUGGCAGCAUGCACGGGUGUGAGCGCACGGAGGGGAGGGUGCACGGGUGUGAGCACACGGACGGGAGGGUGCACGGGUGUGAGCACACAAGCCUACAGGCGGUGCACGGGUGUGAGCGCAUGGACAGGAGUGUGCACGGGUGUGAGUGCACAAGCCUACAGGCGGUGCACGGGUGUGAGCGCACAGACAGGAGUGUGCACGGGUGUGAGCACACAAGCCUACAGGCGGUGCACGGGUGUGAGCGCAUGGACAGGAGCAUGCACAGGUGUGAGCACACAAGCCUACAGGCGGUGCACGGGUGUGAGGGCACGGACAGGAGUGUGCACGGGUGUGAGCGCACGGACGGGAAGGUGCACAGGUGUGAGCGCACAAGCCUACAGGCCGUGCAUGGGCAGCUUCUCCCUCUGCCCGGGAAGCCCCAUCUGGCAGGCAGGACUCUCCGGGCCGGGACAGGUGCCUCCGCUCCUGAGCAGCUUGCCCGGCCAGCCUCUUCUCAUGCCGUCCCGUCCCCGUGUCUCUCCGCCAGGACAGCUGGUCCCCUCACCUGUGUUCGCAGUGUCUCCACCUGCCUCCCGCAGGCUGGGCGGGCUGCCCCUCUUCCGCCACGUUCUCAGGGCUGCUCUCCUCUCCUCCCUCUCCCGAGCUCAGUUCUUCAUUCUCUGGUCUCAGCUUUUCCUGGCCCCCUCGGGGUCCUCCUGAGUCCCCCUCCCUGGGCCUCCCCUUAUGCGCCCCCGGUCCCCUGCCUGUCUGGCACGCUCCCGGCCUCACUGCUCCCUUU